CGCUUUCACUCCCCGACAACACACCCUCGUGAUAUUUGUAUUAACCCCAGUGAUUUCAAAAUUGGAACGAAAAAUAAAAUUAUAAAUCAAACGUAUAUCGCAUAUACAGCUUAUGAAUAGGUUGAGCAAUUAAUUUUAUUAAAAAAUAAAUAAAAACCAAACAAAUUAAAUAGUUAAUUUAAAAAUAGAAUAUUUUUAAAGGCACUAGUUUGCUAUAUUUAUUAUUACUGCAUACAAUUAUUCAGUAAAAAAAAUUGUUCAGCUCUUUUUGGCGCGCUAAAAAUUGUUGUGCAAGCAAAAGUAACUGAUAAAAAGCAGUAAAACUAUUUUAUAAAGAUGAACGAAGUCGAUUUGAUCAAAGAAGUAGAGAAACGACCUAUACUGUACGACAAGUCUGUAAGCGGCUUCAACAAAACUAAAUUGAGAGACGACGCAUGGAAAGAGGUACAAGAAGCACUCAACGUGUCAGAAUCGGAAUGUAAGAAACGCUGGCGAUCGCUCCGGGACUCAUUUAUAAAGUUGCAGCGGACGCACGGAGGUCGUACCCGCUGGCCGUAUCACCAUGCCAUGAGGUUUUUACUGCCUCACGUCGAGCCCAAAUCAGAGUCUAGCUCCGCCAAAAGAGACGAAGAUUCGGACCCAGAUGAGGAAGUCCGACAACGACAGAUGCCGAGUCUUCCCGACCUCUCAUUCGCAGUCCAAGAACCGAAAAAUUACGAGGAGGACGAAGACUCGCAACCUUCGCCGAAGAAAGCCCGCCUAAACUCCACUGACGAAGAAACAUCCUGUCAGUGCAAUAGGACUGACCCAGACGAACUUUUCUUAUUAAGCUGCGCUCCUAUUCUGAAGAGGUUGAAUCCUAAACAAAAUGCUGGUGCAAGACUCAAGAUUCAGCAGGUAUUAUAUGAAGCGGAGUUCGGUAACCAAAUGGAGUUGCCGUAUGUGACCCCGGCUAGUGAAUGCAGCUUUGACAACAUAGAAUCUCAUGUUGAAUGAUUGUUUUUAAUCACAUCAUGGCCUGGAUUGACCGGGUAAAGUGACGUCAGCGAUCACUUAACGACUACUUGAUUCCCUAAUCAAGCCUUACCUUAAU